AAUAGGCCCAAUCGCCCAAACGAUCCUAUAAGUAUGUGUACAUCAAAAGGGUAGGGUUUCUCCCUAAAUUUGACUCCUUUAUCCCUUCUCAAUCAUUCAAUCACAGCCGUUAAUCCAAUCCCAUCAUCAUCAUGACCGGCAAGGCGAAGCCUAAGAAGCACACGGCGAAGGAGAUAGCCAUGAAGUUGGACGCAGCAACCACUAACCGCGGUGGGGGCAAGGCGGGGAUGGCCGAUAGGACAGGUGUUGAGAAGGGGGGGCACGCCAAGUUCGAAUGCCCCCACUGCAAAACGAUGGCGCCUGAUAUCAAGUCUAUGCAGAUUCAUCACGAUGCUCGUCACCCGAAGAUCCCCUUUGAAGAAGAAAAGCUGGUUAAUCUUCACGCCAGCCGCGUGACGGAGACUUCGAAACCUAAGCCUGGUGUCCGGGGGAGCCUCAAGAAGUGAAAGAGAGCCGGAAUAAGAUGCGGGUUGUUUAGAUUUCAUGUUGUUGUGGAUUUUUAGUUUUGAUGAUAAUGAAUGACUGUAUAUUAUCUUAUGAUGAUGAUGAUGAUGAUGAUGAGACUAUGUUUGAUUGUUGUGUUGGAAGUAUUAAAUCUAUGCUUUUCAAUCA